AUGUGGUGCCAUACAUCACUUGCAGUUAUUGCAUUUAUAUCCACUGCGUUUGUUCAGGUCAGUCUUGCUCAAGAAGGCAGUCGCUCUUCAAUUGGAACUGCCUCGAAUCCCUUUGCUGGCUACUCUUGCGACUCCAAUGCAUGCAAACUUCCCGCUUGCAAGUGUGCCACUAUGAGCCCACCUAUCGAGAAUCCACCUCAGUUUGUAGUAGUAACGUUUGAUGAUUCUGUCCAAGCUUCCGUCUGGCCUCAAGCAAACGCAUUGUUCAAAAACAGAAAGAAUCCCAAUGGAUGUCCCGCUUUGGGUACUUGGUUUGCUCAGGUUUACUACUCUGAUCCGAUACUGCUAACUCAAUGGUAUGCCGCUGGUAACGAAAUUGCAGACCACACCGUUACCCACGUUCCGCCAUUUACUGGCACCUAUGCAGAGAUUGAAGGAAUGCGUGCUUGGGCUACUAGCUAUGCAGGUAUUCCUCGGGGAAAAAUCCAAGGUGUCCGAUUUCCCUUUCUCAACUAUACUGCUAAUGCUCUCAGCAUGAUCCAAAAAAUGGGAUUCACCUAUGAUUCGUCCAUGUCGGCUUUGGAUACUGAUUCUGUUUGGCCAUACACACUUGACAAUGGACCUGUCAAUGACUGCAGUGGCCAGAUCGAUCUUUGUAGCACCGGAUUUAAAGCACCAGGUCUUUGGGAGGUCCCGUUGUACGGCAUUAGUGUCGAUGGAGCUCAUCUGAUGGAUCCUUACAACGAUUUCAAUAUUGCAAAUCCUGUACCCGUAGCUACAAUUGAAGCCGAUUACAAAGCCACUUUUGAUAGGCACUAUUCUGGCAAUCGUGCCCCCUUUGGUAUUUACACACAUCCAGUUUGGAUUGGUCCUGCUAAUCCACCUGCUAUUCCCGACGGCACUGGCAAGCUUGCUAUGCUUCAAAAUGUACUUAACUAUGUAAUGAGCAAGCCGGAUACUUGGAUGGUAACAACCUCUCAGCUGAUUGCCUAUUCCAAGAACCCUGUACCCGCAUCACAACUGGGUGCUCAGCCUUACAUGCAGUGUACACCCAAUCCCGCUCCUCCUACUAAUAUCUGUAACGGAAUGAGCGUUGCCGGUGCUGAUGUCUGCAACCUUCCAAAUGGCACGUUCAGUAGCUGCUAUGGGUGUCCCAGUGCUUAUCCAGAUCUUGGUAAUCCCAGUCCUUCUCGCACUGGAUCCAAAUGUCCUGUUCCAGACACUUGCGAUACCUUGUGGUGGGAUCCAGUUGGAUGCAAGUGUCUAUGCACUGUUUCUGCAUGUGCCUGGAAUGAUACUUCCCGUUCAAUCAAUCUUGAUCCUGCUUCCCUCAACAACGUGGUAUCUGGCAGUGGCAAUGGAGGUAGGCUCCACUGA